AUGUCAUCAAAUGCAAGCCGUAGAUUAGCGGCUAUUAGUGGGCAAAUUAAGCCAUCCGCUAAGGAAAAUGGCAUGUUCGAAAAUAUUCCGAACAUCAAAGAGGUUGCCCCCAGCUCAUUAGGACUUCGAGUCAAGGGCAAAGUCGCAAUUGUUACAGGUGCGAACUCUUCAAUGGGUAUCGGUCGAGCUUCAGCUCAUCAACUGGCACAGAAUGGUGCAAGAGCCAUCUAUUUAUGCGACGUAGAUAAUUCAUCACUCGAAACUCACAAGCGUGAACUUGCUUCUAAAUAUCCUGAAGUCGAGGUUCACGUUCGACAAUUUGACGCUGCGGACGAGGGUGCCGUUAAGUCAGUUACUGAUCAUGCUAUAAAGCUUUACGGUAGAUUAGAUAUAUUCUUCGCGAAUGCAGGAAUAGUUGGUCAACUCAAACCCUUUACUCAAAUCUCAUCAGCCGAAUUUCUCCAUACACUGAACACAAACCUUGUUAGUGUACAUAUAGCAGCAAAAUAUAGUGCUCCUGCAAUGAUGUUGUUGUCUGCGGAAAAGGAAACACCUUCAGGAAGCAUUAUCUGCACUGCGUCAGUAGCCGGUCUUCGGGCUAAUGCUGGACCUACCGACUACUCAGCCUCGAAAUCUGGCGUGAUUUCUCUGGCCCAAACUAUAGCAUAUCAGCUAUCUGGGUCUGGAAUCAGAAUAAAUGCCCUAUGCCCAGGUAUAGUCGAAACAGGCAUGACCGCCCCUUUGUUUGAAGCAGCAAGGGCCAGGGGAAUUGAAAAAAAGAUUGGUCAGCUGAAUCCUGUUGGCCGGGGUGCCCAUGCCGAUGAAGUUGCUCGAGUUGUGUUAUUUUUAGGAAGUGAUGAGAGUAGUUAUGUGAACGGGCAGGCUUGGGCAGUAGAUGGUGGCCUUAGUUCAGGCCAUCCAUUCAUUCUAGGUAAACUUCCCUGGUUAUGA